AUGAAUGGCAAUAUUGACUUCCACCUCAAUCUUUGUGAUGAAGUUGACUUCAUGAUAGACACAGAGUAUCAGAAACCUCUAGACUUCAUGUCAAUUCCAAACGCCAUGUUUGCCCAGCAGCUUACGUAUAUGGACGCGCAAUUAUUCAAGAAGGUCCUUCCCCACCAUUGCUUGGGGUCAGUGUGGUCAAAUCGGAAGGACAAGAAGAAACUAGAUGCCCCCUCAGUGGUGGCCACUGUGGACCAGUUUAACAGAGUGUCCUACCGAGUCAUAGCAACAGUGCUUAAACAGCCAGACAUGAAGGCAUCGCAGAGAGCUAAGAUCAUUGCAAAGUGGAUAGAUAUAGCACAGGAGCUGCGUGUGUUAAAGAACUUCUCUUCAUUAAAAGCCAUUGUCUCAGGUUUACAAUCUAAUUCUGUCUUCCGCCUGAAGCGGGUAUGGUCCAUGCUGCCCAAGGCCAUGCUUCAUGGUGGUGACAAUGACAGCACAGGGGUGAUAGCAGGUGCAUGCUAUGGUGCUAUGUAUGGCUUUCAGGGGGUACCAGAAAACCAUUACAAAAAACUAGAAUACCGAGAUAGACUGGAGAAGGUAGCCGAACAGCUAUAUCAACUGGCUAAUAACUGA